AUGAAGAUAAUUGUAUGUUUUUGCAUUUGGGCGGCAGCAUGGGCCAUUCCAGUUCCUCAAAUCAAGCCAUUGGAGAGACAUGCUGUUGAUAAAUCUGUGAAUUUAAAUCUUCCAGAAAAAUUGAAACCGCCAAUACAGGAUGAAUUAAAUGUCAAUCAUACCACCAAAGAAAGUGGUGUACCUGUGCAUGAAAAUGAAAGAGGAGAGCCACAGUAUACCAAAGACAGUUACGAAGGAGAGAGAAAUGGCUCUGAGUGGGCAGAAGUAGGAAGGAAAAGCUCUUCUACACAUUCUAUGUUAGUAAAUGAAGAGGGGAAUGCUGGGGAUCAGAAUGCGGGCACAGGAAACCCAGAAACAUAUGGUCAUGAUGGGAUACAAGGAGAAGAAGAGGGCACCACAGCAAAUGGCAUCAGGGGACGAGUAAGCAUCAUUGACAAUGCUGGGACGGCAAAUGGGAGCAAUAUCAGUGAAAAUACUGGUAAGAAUUCAACAAAUGGGGAUAUUGGAGACGCAAGUCAGAGUGAGGAUGCCACUUUUGUCCAAGAAGAUGGACAUCAAGUAGCCGGAAACAGUAACAGCACAGGCCAUGAGGAUGGAAUAAGUGGGAAUUCCUGUGGAAAUGAGGGUGAUACAGGUGAAAUAACCCCUCAGAGAGAAGGUGAGACAAUUGGGAAUGAGGAGGCAGGGGUAACACCUUGGGGAAGUGGAGCUGGCAAUAGUGAAGAUGCUGGCCUGGAUAAUUCUGAUGGGAGUUCUAGUGGGAAUGGAGCAGAUGAGGAUGAAGACAAGGGCUCUGGUGAUAAUGAAGAUGAAGAAACAGAGAAUGGGAAAGAGGGCACUGAUAGCGGCAGCGGCCAAGAGGCUGAGGUUCAUGGAGAAGACGAUGACAGUGACAAUAGCUUAGGUCAAAAUUCAAUUAGUAGUGAAGAUGAUGCCCCUGAAGGCAAAGAAGAUCCUCAUGACAUUGAUGGAGACAAUACCUCCAAGAGUGAGGAGGCUUCUGAUGGUAUUCCAGAAGACAAUGAUAGCCCAGUAAUAGAGGACACUCAAAAACCCAACCACAGAGAAAACAAAGUUGUGGAAAAUGCACUCACUGAAGCAUCACAGCCAAGUGCCAUUGGGAAGAGCCAAGAUAAGGGAAUAGAAAUUGAAGGUUCCAGAGGUGACAACAGAAACAAUAUUACCAAAGAAGGUGGGAAAGUCAACGAAGAUAAAGAGAGUAAAAGACAACAUGGAAUGAUCGUAAGCAAAGGAAAUGUCAAGACACAAGGAGAGGUUGACACCAUACAAGGACCUGGUGAGAAAUUAGAAGCCGGAAAUAAGGUUGGACACAGCAAAACAGGUAGUGACAGUAAUAGCGAUGGACAUGACAGUUAUGAGUUAGAUGAUGAAUCCAUGCAAGGAGAUGAUCCCAAUAGCAGUGAUGAGUCUGAGGACAAUGGUGAUGACAAUUCUGAAGAUGACAAUAACAGCAGUAGCCGAGGAGAUGCUUCUCAUGACUCUGAUGAAUCAAAAGAUAAUGGCAAUGACAGUGACUCAAAAGGAGAAGGAGAUGAUGAUGACAAUGAUAACACAUCAGAUACUAAUGACAGUGACAGUAAUGGCAAUGGUAACAAUGGGAGCAAUGACAAUGGCAAAACAGACAGCAGCAAAGAUAAAUCAGACAGCAGCAAAGAUAAAUCAGACAGCAGUGACAGCAGCAACAGUAGCGAUAGCAGUGACAGCAGUGAGAGUAGCGAUAGCAGUGACAGCAGCAACAGCAGUGACAGCAGUGAGAGUAGCGAUAGCAGUGACAGCAGCAACAGCAGUGACAGCAGUGAGAGUAGCGAUAGCAGUGACAGCAGUGACAGUAGUGAUAGCAGUGACAGCAGUGACAGCAAAUCAGACAGUAGUGACAGCAGUGACAGCAAAUCAGACAGUAGUGACAGCAGCGACAGCAGUGACAGCAGUGAGAGUAGUGAUAGCAGUGACAGUAGCGACAGCAGUGACAGCAGUGACAGUAGCGACAGCAGUGACAGUAGCGACAGCAGCGACAGCAGCAACAGCAGCGACAGUAGCGACAGCAGUGACAGUAGUGACAGCAGCGACAGCAGUGACAGUAGUGACAGCAGUGACAGCAGUGACAGUAGUGACAGCAGUGAUAGCAGUGACAGUAGCGACAGCAGUGACAGUAGCGACAGCAGCAACAGCAGUGACAGUAGUGACAGCAGCAACAGCAGUGACAGUAGUGACAGCAGUGACAGCAAAUCAGACAGUAGCAACAGUAGUGAUAGCAGUGACAGCAGCAACAGCAGUGACAGUAGUGAUAGCAGUGACAGUAGUGACAGCAGUGACAGCAGUGACAGCAAAUCAGACAGUAGUGACAGCAGCAACAGCAGUGACAGUAGUGACAGCAGUGACAGCAAGUCAGACAGUAGUGACAGCAGUGACAGCAAAUCAGAGAGUAGUGACAGUAGUGAUAGCAGUGACAGCAGCAACAGCAGUGAUAGCAGUGACAGCAAAUCAGACAGCAGUGAUAGCAGCGACAGUAGUGAUAGCAGUGAUAGUGACAGCAGUGACAGCAAAUCAGACAGCAGUGACAGCAAAUCAGAUAGUGACAGCAGUGACAGUAAAUCAGACAGUAGUGACAGUAGCAAUAGCAGUGACAGCAGCAACAGCAGUGAUAGCAGUGACAGCAAAUCAGACAGUAGUGACAGCAAAUCAGAUAGUAGUGACAGUAGCAAUAGCAGUGACAGCAGUGACAGUAAAUCAGACAGUAGUGACAGCAGUGACAGUAAAUCAGAUAGUAGUGACAGUAGCAAUAGCAGUGACAGCAGCAACAGCAGUGACAGUAGUGACAGCAGUGACAGUAAAUCAGACAGUAAUGACAGCAGUGACAGCAGCGACAGCAGUGAUAGCAAAUCAGACAGUAGUGACAGCAGUGACAGCAAAUCUGAUAGCAGUGACAGUAGUGACAACAGUGACAGCAGUGAUAGCAGUGACAGUAGCAACAGCAGUGAAAGUAAAUCAGACAGUAGUGACAGCAGUGACGACAGUAGUGACAGCAGUGAAAGCAGUGACAGUAGCAACAGUAGUGACAGCAGUGAUGACAGUAGUGACAGCAGUGACAGUAAAUCAGAUAGUAGCGACAGUGACAGCAAAUCAGACAGCAGUGACAGCAGUGAUAGUGACAGUAAAUCAGACAGUAAAGACAGUAGUGACAGCAGCAACAGCAGUAACAGUGACAGCAGUGACAGUGACAGCAGUGACAGUAGUGACAGCAGUGACAGUGACAGCAGUGACAGUAGUGACAGCAGUGACAGUGCAUCUGACAGCAGUGAUGAGAGUGACAGCAAGAGCAAGUCUGGUAAUGACAACAACAACGGAAGUGAUAGUGACAGUGAUAGUGACAGUGAAGGCAGCGACAGUAAUCACUCGACCAGUGAUGAUUAGAACGAAAGAAAAACCCAUAGGAUUCCUUUUGUGAAAAGUCUGGUGAAUAAUUGAUGGGAAAUAAAGACUUCUAAGUAAGCAAAGAAAGAGGAGAAAUAAACAGAAGACAUAUGUCAACGUGCACAUGAACAAUGAGUGGAAUAGUCAAACUGUCCAAUUCAGAACCAAGUCCCACAGCCUCGGAGAGAGAACUGGGAAGCAUGACCUUUGGUGCAUGCAUGUUAAAAUACAUUCUGAAAAGAUUUUGUUAAAAGUGUAAAUCCAAACGUGAAAGAACAAUGAAAACAUCCUUUAACAGUUUACACA